AUGCUUCCACCGGCCUUGCUGCAGUUCUUGACGCUGAUCUUCGGGUAUCUCUAUCCAGCGUACCUCUGCUUUAAAGCCAUCAGGAAGCGACGGCCGGACGUCAAGGAACUGCUAUGGUUCUGCCAAUUCUGGGUACUCAUUGCCCUCGUUACAGUCACAGAGCGCCUGGCUGAACCCAUAUUGGAAAAGUUGCCUAUGUAUCCAGAGGCGAAGCUGCUUCUAGUCAUUUACCUCUGGUAUCCUGACAACAAAGGCACCGACCACGUUUACAACAACCUGCUACAGCCAGUGUUGUUACAGAAUGAGGAGGACAUUGACAAACACGUGGAUGAAAUUAAGGGGCGUGUGAAUGACGUAGUGAGCCAGCUGCAAACUGUUGUAUCAACAUACAUGCAGGGGUUUGUGGAUGAGACAAUCGCUUACCUGACUGCUGUUUCAGCCCAAGCAGCGGCUGUGGCUGCUGCUCAGCAGCAACGGCAGCAGGCGAGGCAGCAGCAGCAGUGGCAGCAGAUGGUGAGUUGA